UAAACGAAAUCAUUAAACUCGUCGACGAGGUUGAAGAAACAAAGAGAGAGAUAGCAAAAUGGAAUGGAGGAAAUGGUACUUAGACGUGAUUCUUGUGCCACUAGCUCUAGUGAUGAUGCUUUGUUACCACAUCUACUUGUCCUUCAUGGUUCGAACCCAUCCCUUCUCCACUGUCCUCGGCAUCAACUCUCGCGGCCGCCGGAUCUGGAUUUCCUCUAUGAUCAAGGAGAAUCAGAAGAUGAACAUAUCGACGGUACAAACACUCCGUAACGUAGUAAUGGGAGCUACACUGAUGGCUACGACCUGCAUCCUCCUCUGCGCCGGUUUAGCCGCAGUCAUAAGCAGCACUUACAGCAUCAAGAGGCCCCUAAACGACGCCGUUUAUGGAGCACAUGGAGAUAUCGCCAUAGCCAUCAAAUACCUAACGAUUCUCACAAUCUUCAUCUUUUCUUUCUUCUCACAUUCUCUCUCCAUCCGCUUCCUCAACCAAGUCGCCAUGCUCGUUAACAUCCCUAACUUAUACCCUAAUCCCUCUGGUGACUUGUUCCUCACGUCUGAGUAUGUCUGCGAGUUGUUCGAUAAGGGUUUCUUUCUCAGCACGGUAGGCAACAGGUUGUUCUACGCAGGGUUUUCUCUGAUGUUAUGGAUCUUUGGUCCCAUCCUCGUGUUCUUGAGCGUUUUGGUGAUGAUGCUUGCUCUUUAUCACGUGGACUUUGUGUCACUCGGCAACAAUAAAGAGAAACAACGUAUAGUGGAUUGUCCUCGCGCCUCUGAUCCUCCAAAUGGUGGUGGUGAUGCAUAAUACAUUUCCAAAUGUAAAAAUGUGGAAUUUUGG